CGCCGAGAGGCACGCGCAGCCGGUGCCCAGCCCGGUCGGUCCCUGCGCCCCUGCCCCGCCGCCGCCCCCGGCCCGUCCGGCCCGGCCCGGCCCGGCCCGGCCCGCAGCACCAUGACGGAGCGCUGCAGCCUGUGGAGCGCCCUGUCGGCCGCCGCCUGCUGCUUCUACCGGGGCUCCUUCGUGCAGGUGCAGUUCUCCAAGGAGAAGUACAUCUUGGACUCAUCCCCUGAGAAACUGCACAAGGAGCUGGAGGAAGAGCUGAAACUUAGCAGCACGGACCUCCGCAGCCAUGCCUGGUACCACGGCCGCAUCCCCCGCGAGGUGUCGGAGACCCUGGUCCAGCGCAACGGCGACUUCCUCAUCCGGGACUCGCUCACCAGCCUGGGGGACUACGUGCUCACGUGCCGCUGGCGCAACCAGGCCCUGCACUUCAAGAUCAACAAGGUGGUGGUGAAGGCCGGCGAGAGCUACACCCACAUCCAGUACCUGUUCGAGCAGGAGAGCUUCGACCACGUGCCUGCGCUCGUGCGGUACCACGUGGGCAGCCGCAAGGCCGUGUCCGAGCAGAGCGGGGCCAUCAUCUACUGCCCGGUCAACCGCACCUUCCCGCUGCGCUACCUGGAGGCCAGCUAUGGCCUGAGCCCCGCCGGUGGCGGCGGGAAGGCGUCCAGCCCCGCCAGCCCCUCGGGCGCCAAGAGCAGCCACAUGAAGCGGCGCAGCGUCACGAUGACCGACGGGCUCACCGCAGAUAAGGCCCCCCGCGGCGAAGGCUGCCCGGCCAGCUCAUCCGUGCCUCACCCCCGGGAACCCAUCCGCAACUGCGCCCUCAGCAUGGACCAGAUCCCAGACCUGCAUUCGCCCAUGACCCCCAUCUCCGAGAGCCUCAGCUCCCCCGCCUACAGUACUGUGACCCGCAUUCACGCGGCCCCUGCGACCCCCUCCGCCACCGCGCACCCCGCCUCUCCUGUCGCCCGCCGCUCCAGUGAACCCCAGCUGUGUUCCGGAAGUGCCCCAAAGCCCCCUGGGGAAUUGGACAAGGGCUCUCACGCCAGCCCCUCCCACACCCUCGGCAAAGCCUCCCCCUCACCGUCACUCAGCAGCUACAGCGACCCAGACUCAGGCCAUUACUGCCAGCUGCAGCCCCCCGUCCGCAGCAGCCGAGAGUGGUCGGCGUCAGAGACCCCCAGCCGGCAGGCCCGGAGCUACGGGGAGAGGCUAAAGGAACUGUCAGAAAACGGGGCCCCCGAGGGGGACUGGGGCCGGACCUUCACGGCGCCCGUGGUGGAGGCUGCCUCCUCCUUCAACCCAGCCUCCUUCCAGUCUCUUCUGAUCCCCAAGGAGAACCGGCCCCUGGAGGUGGGCCUUCUGCGCAAGGUCAAGGAGCUGCUGGCCGAGGUGGACGCCCGGACGCUGGCCCGGCACGUCACCAAGGUUGACUGCCUGGUUGCUAGGAUACUGGGUGUUACCAAGGAGAUGCAGACCCUAAUGGGAGUCCGCUGGGGCACGGAGCUGCUCACCCUCCCCCAUGGCCGGCAGCUUCGACUAGACCUGCUGGAAAGGUUCCACACCAUGUCCAUCAUGCUGGCCGUGGACAUCCUGGGCUGCACGGGCUCCGCCGAGGAGCGGGCCGCGCUUCUGCACAAGACCAUCCAGCUGGCGGCGGAGCUCAGGGGCACCAUGGGCAACAUGUUCAGUUUCGCCGCGGUCAUGGGCGCCCUGGACAUGGCCCAGAUUGCUCGGCUGGAGCAGACGUGGGUGACGCUGCGGCAGCGACACACGGAGGGGGCCAUCCUCUAUGAGAAGAAGCUCAAGCCCUUCCUCAAGAGCCUCAACGAGGGCAAAGAAGGCCCCCCGCUGAGCAACACCACGUUCCCGCAUGUGCUGCCCCUCAUCACGCUGCUGGAGUGCGACUCGGCGCCAGCCGAGGGUCCCGAGCCCUGGGGGAGCACGGAGCACGGAGUGGAGGUGGUGCUGGCCCAUCUGGAGGCCGCUCGCACCGUGGCCCAGCACGGAGGCCUGUACCACACCAAUGCCGAGGCUAAGCUGCAGGGAUUUCAGGCACGGCCCGAGCUGCUGGAGGUCUUCAGCACCGAGUUCCAGAUGCGCCUUCUGUGGGGUAGCCAAGGCGCCGCCAGCAGCCAGGCCCGGCGCUACGAGAAGUUCGAGAAGGUGCUCACGGCCCUGUCCCACAAGCUCGAGCCCGCCGUCCGCUCCAGCGAGCUCUGACCCCAGGUGCAGCUCCAGGGAGGGUCCCCACCCCCACGCCAUCAGCCUGGGGAUGUGCUGGGCACAGUUCCAGCCUCUUCCGUGCAGCUCGGGGGGGCUCUGGGCUCUGUCCCACCUGCCUCAUCCCCCCGGCCGGCACAUCCCCUCCAGCUCCUUUGUGUCCCUGUCCCUUGUCCCUGCCUGCCGCCAAGGUACCCUGG